AAAAGAACGGCCAUGUUGAAAUCGAAGAAAAUGUUCUUCAAAUAUUACUAAAAUACUCCAAAUAUGUGUAGAAAUACUACCUAUAGACAAUGUCCUCGCAAGCUUUAGAUACCGAAAAUAUGAAAGACAACUUGAUCGAUGUAACAUUACCUCCAGAAUUCCUUCAGAAUUUGAAUGGACUUGCUCCUCAAAAUCAAGCAACACUGAAUUUCUGGGAUAGAAAUCGGAACUUUGAAAUUCGUCUGCACAGGCAAGAAAAUGAUUGUAUUAACCUUAAAAUCAAGCAGUGUGGUGUUGCAGCGGCUGCUUCGACAGGAUAUGUCGUCCAUGAUUCAAUAGAUGACACAGAAUCUGCAGAUAGAGCUCAAGAAUUGGUUUCAAGUCUGACGGCAAGUGGAAAUCUUGUCACAGUGUCUGAAGAUCAAAGCAAGCCAACUGUGGAUCUUGUCACAGAGACUGGAGAUCAUCUAAACAUGACUUUAGAUCAUGACACACCAACUGAGGAAAAUGUCACAGUGACUGAAGAUAAUGACAAAGCAGCAGAAAGUAAUGUCACACCAACUAAAGAUAAUGUCACAGUAACUGGAGAUCUUGUCACAACAACUGGGGGUCUCAUGCCUGAAGAUGAAUAUCCAUCUAAUGAAUUGUCAUUAACAUCAGAAAAUGAAUCUGGUUCGGGCGAUUUAUCGUCAGUUAAGAAAUAUAGAAAGAAUGCCAGAAAAAGAAGCCUGCGGGAGAAAAGUCCAGGAUCAAGAAAAAAGCAGACUCGACAUCAAACAUACAGUCCCGGGGAAGUGGAUAUUUUCAGCCAUAAAUGCACAGAAUGUACCAAAAAAUUCCGAGAUGAGACAGCUCUUCAGCACCAUCUAUCAUCAAAACAUAAUAUCAAGAAAGAAGAAGAUGUUUCCUCUCCCAGUAGUUCCCCACCAGAGGGCGCCAUGUCCUCUCCCAUCAGUGAAGACCCAGAGGCAACCUUUAAGAAACCAAGUCAAAAUUCCAAGAAAUUAUAUCAUCAAUCGUUAAAACAAAACACUAAAGUUAAUGAGAAUGUUGUUAACUGCUCAAUAUGUCAUUUUAAUUUCCUGAACAGUAAAGUACUGUUGGAUCAUUUAGAAAACCAUAAAGAUCAUUCUGAAUAUGCUGAAUCAUAUGAGAAGGUGUCAAAUGACUGUGAGAAAGAGGCAUGCCAGAUGUGUAAUUACACAUGUAAAGACAAACAACUACUGGAAAACCAUCAAACGGUCAUUCAUGGGAACUCAAAUACAACAAUGGCUGACCUAUCAGUAAUGAUGAACUCACCUUUCAAAUGUAAACUUUGUACCAGUGGCUCAGAGGCAGGGAACUGUGAUAAUUGGUUAGAACUCAACCAACAUGUUGCUCAACAACAUCUGACACAGGGAAAUAAAAAUGAUGACAAUUCAGACUCAGAGAUGAAAACCAUGAAUGAAUACAUGUCCGAGCUUACUAAGUGUGCCGAGUCUGAAAGGCUUAUACAUCAAUGUAUAUUCUGUAAAACUGUGGCUGGGACUAACAGACACCUCAAGGGACAUGUUGAGAAGUGCCAUAGAAAAGACCAAAGAUAUAUUGACUAUAUCCAAGAAAAUAUUUACAACAAAAAUGCAGCCAAGUUGAUUGGCUACAGCACUCUACAGCCAAUAAUUCCAAGUGUUGGAAAUUACGUGUGUCGAUAUUGCUCAAUGAAGUACAAAACUGGUAAUUCUUUAAUGGCUCAUGUUCAGAAGGACCAUUCAACAGCUGAAGGCAUUGACGAAUAUAUUGUCGAACUGAAAGAGGAGCUCAAGAUUACCUGCCAUAUUUGCAACAAGGUCAUCGCAAACAAGUACCAGUUACGCAUCCACAUUAAGAACAAACAUUCAGAGGAUCAAAAGCUACGCUGUGAUGAAUGUGGAAAACUUUGUAAAAACAAGCUCAAUUUGGAUGCCCAUAAAAGGGCAUCACAUAGACAAGACAAGCCAAUCUGUGAUACGUGUGGAAAGAGUUUCAGUUCACGUGACAAUCUUAAGGUCCAUGUAGCCAAUGUCCACCAGGAGCUAGAAAUGGCAAUUUGUGAUAUUUGUAAAAAGGAGGUGAGAAAGAGAAAUUUGGCAAAACACAAGGCCAGACAUGAGGCAAGUCCCAAGUACAAGUGUGACUACUGUGGAAGAGAACAGCUUGAUAAGGCUAAUGCUCAAAGACAUUAUGUCCUCAUGCACUCCAGGCAUGACAUAAAGUUUGAGAUUUGUGAAGAAUGUGGAAAGAAAUUUACAAGUAAAAACAACUUAAAACAGCACAGACAAGUCGUGCAUGGUAUAGGACUUUACCAGUGUAAACAUUGUUCACAGAAUUUCUGCAAACUCACGCAGUAUCGGAAUCAUAUGAAAGGUGUGCAUAGACUGAAGUUGACUGACCUUGAGGCUGCUCCACGCAUUGUUAACUUGCAGGAGGGGAAGCCAAAAGAAACAGACAUAGACCGAAGCAUGAUACCAAUUAGUGUUGAACCACAACCGGAGCAAGACAUUCAGGUUCACGACCAUUCCAUAACAAACCAAUAUGUACAGCUCAGAGUAGAGCCAGAUUCGGAUGAGGGUCAAGCUGUCCAACUUCUCUCAGCUGAUGAUCAAGGCAAUCAAGAUUUCUACCAGAUUCUGCCUCUAGAGGGAGAAGAGAACAUGUUUAUAGCAGUGGAUGAAGCAGGAAACCCAGUUUACCCAGCCCAGCAGUAUGUUAUGAACCAGUGAACACCCUGUAUUAUAUAAGGGAUCUGUGAACACCCUGUACUAUACAGUAUAAGGAAUCCGUGAACACCUUGUACUAUGUAAAGAAUCUGUGAACACCCUGU